UCAAUCACAGGAUUAUCCGCUUCAUGGUAGGUUGGUACAGACGCGUUUAAAAACGCCCAAGCCGGAGUCCGCAAUUACCGCGUUUUGUUUUAUCACCAUUGUACCGAAUUAUUUCCUUGAUUGACAGAUCGCUGCAAAAUAUUAACUUUUUAUUUUUUAAAUUAAUAUUUUUUUUGUUGUUCAGUGGCGUUGUAGAAAAGAUGCAUUUGUGAUUUUAUUAUUAUUUGUUUUUGGUAGACAGCAUCCGUUUCCUACUACAACUAUGUAGUUUCUACUUCUGUGCCUUUUAUAAUUAACUAAAGCAGCAUUCAAGUUGCAUCGGCACUGCAUUGCACUGUUGUCGUGGGCUGUGGAGCUGGUUAGCAUGGGAUUGCCUGCGUUAGAGUUCAGCGACUGCUGUGUGGACAGCCCUCAGUUCCGAGAGAGGCUCAAGUCCCACGAACUGGAAUUAGACAAGACCAAUAAGUUCAUCAAGGAGCUGAUUAAGGACGGGAAAGCUUUAAUUCAAGCCUUGAAAAAUUUGUCUACUGCGAAGAGAAAAUUUGCAGAGUCAUUGAACGAGUUUAAAUUCCAGUGCAUUGGGGAUGCAGAAACAGACGAUGAGAUAUGCAUUGCCAAAUCACUACAGGAGUUUGCUGGAGUCUUACAGAACCUGGAAGAUGAGAGGACACGAAUGAUUGAAAAUGCCAGUGAUGUGUUGAUUUUGCCACUGGAACGUUUCAGGAAGGAGCAGAUUGGAGCUGCAAAGGAAGCCAAAAAGAAAUAUGAUAAAGAGACGGAGAAAUAUUGUACAGUGUUGGAGAAACAUCUCAGUCUGUCUGCGAAGAAGAAGGAAGCACACCUUCAUGAAGCGGAUAACCAGGUGGACAUCGUGAGGCAUCACUUCUAUGAAGUCUCGCUGGAAUAUGUCUUCAAAGUGCAGGAAGUUCAGGAGAGGAAAAUGUUUGAGUUUGUGGAGCCGCUGCUGGCCUUUCUACAAGGUCUGUUUACAUAUUACCAUCAUGGGUACGAACUGGCCAAAGACUUCAACCAUUUCAAGACAGACCUCACAAUCAGCAUUCAAAAUACACGGAACCGGUUCGAGAGCACACGUUCAGAGGUGGAAUGUUUGAUGAAGAAGAUGAAGGAAAACCCGCACGAACAUAAGAGCAUCAGUCCACACACAAUGGAAGGAUACCUGUUUGUGCAAGAGAAACGUUCAUUUGUGUCCACAUGGGUGAAGUACUACUGCAUCUAUCACCGAGAGCCCAAACGCAUGACCAUGAUGCUGUUUGAUCAGAAGUCUGGAGGCAAAAAUGGGGAUGAGGAAAGCUUUACGCUCAAAUCUUGCACCAGAAGGAAAUCAGACUCCAUCGAGAAGCGGUUCUGUUUCGACAUUGAAGCUGUGGACCGGCAAGGCGUGAUCACCAUGCAGGCGCUGUCAGAGGAAGACCGCAGACUCUGGAUGGAAGCCAUGGACGGAAGAGAACCGGUAUACACCCUGAAUCGUGACAGCCAGAAUGAAGCUAUGGCACAAUUAGAUGUCAUUGGCUUCAACGUUGUCAAAAAAUUCAUCUAUGCCAUAGAAACCAGAGGUAUUGAUGAACAGGGUCUAUACAGGAUUGUCGGUGUCAGCUCCAGAGUGCAGAAACUACUCAGCCUGGUCAUGGACCCCAAAACCUGUGCAGAUGUGGAGCUGAAUAGCACAGAAUGGGAGAUCAAGACCAUCACCAGUGCAAUAAAGCACUACCUCAGGAUGCUGCCGGCCCCUCUCAUGACAUUCCAGUACCAGAGGAGCUUCAUCAAAGCAGCCAAGCUGGACAAUCCCGAGGCGAGGGUGGCAGAGAUCCACUCCAUAGUGCACCGUCUCCCAGAGAAGAACCGCCAGAUGCUGGAGCUUCUCAUGAAACACUUGGCCAAAGUGGCCGGUCACCACCAGCAGAACUUGAUGACGGUGGCUAACCUGGGCGUAGUGUUCGGCCCUACGCUCCUGAGGCCUCAGGAAGAGACAGUUGCUGCAAUCAUGGACAUCAAGUUCCAGAACAUUGUGGUGGAAAUCCUAAUCGAGAACCACCAACGGAUUUUCAAAGACAUGCCCGUGUCUGGAGGAGGUCAGGGCAACUCCCAGCCUAACCCACCCAGACGGAGAAGUGAGGGCAGCAAGACCCCGUCCUGCAGCGAGAGACCCCUCACUCUUUUCCACACCUCCUCAUUUUCAGACAAAGACAAAGCAGUGGAGAAGAGGAACAGUGUUGUAGUAAACUCCAGUGCAGACUUGUCCUCAGUAAACUGCAACAGCGCACUCAGUUGCUCUCGACUCGACAGCCCACCCACAGGAGACGGAGACCACGAUGGGCUUCAGCUGCCCAAGCAGAGUCGGCCUAGCUCACUUCAAAAUCCAAAGGUUCUCAGCAGUGUGUCGACAGGCCCGGCUUCACCCAGUCCCACCUCGCCUCGCUCCCCCUCGUGGCCGACGCUCUCUGCCCCCUCCAGCGAGUCGUCCCCCGUCAGUCCUCCGGCACGGAAGGCACGUGCACUCUACGCCUGCAAGGCUGAACAUGACUCGGAGCUGUCCUUUAUCGCAGGCACUGUAUUCGAGGAUGUUCAUUCCUCAAGAGAACCAGGCUGGCUGGAGGGCACUUUGGAGGGGAAGAGGGGGUUAAUUCCGGAGAACUACGUGGAGUUUGUCUAGCUGGAAGUCAAUGAGAGCGGGGACACACAGUUUGCUUUUGAAACGACUGAACUUCGGAAGAAAAGCCGAGUUAGUAUGUCUGUGUGAUAGUAUGGGUUUUUGGCAAUCCCCUAGCACGUCACUGUUUCACGCAUCCCACAAUGCAUUGCCACUUUUUAAGACAAACUUCAACACAAGGUAAAAAAAAAAAAAAAACUAGGGACCAAGUUGAUGUGGCUAACUUGCCCGCAAUCAAGAAAUUGUGUAUUUAAGGGCUCAUUAUGAAUUAUGGAUUUAUUUUAAUUACUAAUAAAUAAUGCUUUUAAACGUGAGCACUUCCCAGUUCACCAUGAUGUAAAACGUGUGCUGUCUCUAUGCACUCUGGGGCUUUCUGAAUGUAUUUUGUGUCCUUCAGAUGACUGUUAAUUAUGGAAAGAAAACUUGCACUCUUUUGUAUAUCAGGAAGCAUUUGAAAAAAAAAAAAUAUUCCACAUUUUUUUCUCCUUUCUUAGCAUGUAAGUGGAAAAGUGUAAAUUAUUUCUUAACGUGAAUUAACAUCGUAUGUAUACCUCUAUUAUUUAAGCAUCCCCUCUGAUGAGAUUUGUGUUUGUUUGGAGUGUAUUAACACUGUACAUAAGUGACAAUUGAUAAGGUAUAAUUUUUUUGGUAAUGUAAAUUAUACAUAUUUUUAUUGUAGCACACUAACUUGAUAUUUUAUCGUUUUUUCUAAUUAUUAUAUUAAAUUUUCUGAGCCUUAAUAUUCUUUAUGAUGUCAAAUAAAUAAAUAAAUAGUU